CAUUCGCUAUCAAAUGUCGUGUUUGUUUACCAUGUGAAGACAAAUACAAAAAAUUAUUCCAAAUUACAAAAGAUGAAAUUUUAGACAGCUGUGGAGUUUGUAUUACAGCUUACUCAACUUUCCAAGGUUAUCAAAUGGAAGGUCGAGGUUGUUUACUUAAAUGUCCACCUAAAGAUGCUAUCAAUGAGCUUACUCCAGGACUUGUUAACAAGUAUAACUGUUGUUAUUAUGAUUUAUGCAAUAGAACAAACAAAUUAUUUGUACAGUACAAAUUAAUUAUUCUGAUUUCAUGUUUAUUCAAUUCAUUAUUUAUUAUUGUGAAUAGAUUUAGUGUUUGUUAA